UCCGCCUUUUUGAUUGGUGCGCCGUGUGGGGUGUAGGUGCAUAAUGCGUAGGUAUUUGCUCAACAUUGCCUACAUUGGCACGAAUUUUCGUGGCAUACAGAAGACCGUAAACAAGUUGGAGGAAGCGCGUCUAGAUACGAAUUCAAUUCAGGGCUGUUUGGAGUUGGCAUUGCGCGUUUUUCAUCCUAAAAACGAAAUCCAAACCGUGCUGUCCAGUCGCACAGAUGCCGGCGUGCACGCCCUGCACUCGACAGUUCACGUCGAUUUGGAACGCAGAGAUAAUAAAUUCUACGAUACGACCACGUUGACAGGUGUACUCAAUCGAACCCUGGACAAGCAGAACCUGCCAAUACGCGUGCUAAGUACGCAGCGCGUGCCAGACACGUUUCAUUGCCGUUAUCACGCCAUCGGACGCACCUAUUUAUAUCGCGUGGCAGUGGCCAAGAAUGUGACACAGUCGAAUACCAUCAAUAGUUUAAGGAACAAAGGCUACGAAUCGUUUGUGCCCGUUGAGGAGAUAGACAGGUGUUACUUUCUGCAGAAUAAUAACUUUGAUAUAGAACGACUGAAGAAUGCGGCGCGCAUGUUCCUUGGCGUUCACGACUUUCGCACCUUUAUGAGCGUCAGUCGACAGAAGAGUCCCAGUCGCGACCAUCCCAUGUUCACGGUGCGCAAAAUCGAUGAGAUUAAUAUACGUGCUGGACAAAGCCUUGCACUGGGCCCAAACGCAACGUUGGCAUCACAAAUCUACGACUAUUGGGACAUAGAGAUCAAGGCCAAGUCGUUUCUGUACAAGCAGGUUCGACGCAUUGUGGGCACGCUUCUGGCGCUGGCAAAUGGCCGUAUAGACGAACGCUGCAUUUAUGAAAUGCUAACGAUUCCUUCCAAGCACACCUGGGAGCCUCGUAUACUGGUUGCGCCCGCGUCCGGUCUCUACCUGUGUCGUGUGCACUACAACGAUACGGCUUUCGAGCUUCCAGACGAGACUAGUCCUUAAACCAGGAGAAACCAUGAUAUUGC